ACUCCCUAUCAAAACAAAAAGGAAACUAAACCAUCAUCAAUACCAAACAUAAGCCAAGAAUCAAUUUUCCCAAACCUUCCACCAGAAAUCAUCAUCAACAUCUUCUCAAGACUCCCUAUUAAAACCAUCAUAUCCUCCAAACUCGUCUGCAAGCCAUGGCUCGAACUACUCGAGACUCGCGAUUUUGCCGAUUCCCAUUUAUCUAAAUCCCUCCCUGGAUUAAUAAUCCUCCACAAUCCGUGGCUCGAGUCGAACUACACGAAAAUACUCAAAUUUUUCGAACUCAACGAUGAGCCCGAUCACUACAAUCUAGUCACCGAGUUCGACCACGACUCGUUCAUUAGCUCGGCUAAUGGGCUCCUCUUUUUGCGCGAUUUGAACACCAAACCUAAUACGCUCCACAUAUGCAACCCGAUCACGCGCGAAUAUCUCGAGCUUCAAAACCAAGAAAACUUCUUCUAUUCUUAUCCUACGAACGUCACCUACGGAUUCGGAGUGAGCACGAAAACCGGUCGAUGUAACGCCGUUAGAGUCUUCCACGAAUGCACGCGCGACACCAGCACCAAAGCUUUAUUAGAUAUUCCGAAAUUUGAGUGCCACGUGUACACUCUCGGGAUAGGAUCAAGUAGAUUUCUCGGGGAUUUGUUCGUGCUGGGUGAUCGUUUGUGUAUAUGGGACAAUACGUCUGAGGACGAAAUCGUAAUUUGGCUGAUGAGGGAGUACGAAGACGAGAAGUCAUGGGCUAAGGAGUACGUGAUGAGCAAACGACCGGAUCUUGACGGGGAAUGUAAUGAAGUCGUUCGGCCGGUGAAAGUUUUCGGAAAUGGCGAUGUGUUAAUGGUGUGGGACGAUUACUUCUUGUUCUACUAUUCGGAAAGGGACAAGAACGUUGAUUUGGGAAAAUCUAUGGCUGAAGACGGUAGGGUUCAUCCGGACUGCAGGAAUGCGUCGAACCCGUAUCACGAAUGUAGCGAUUAUUGCUUCAAGAUUAUUGCUCAAGCAAAGAAAACGGUGGAUAAACAUGACGCAGGUGUGCGAGCUGUUGAUGAUAAUUUACAGUUGGAUAAAAUUACUGCACCUGACCAAGUAGAAGGCGUGAAUGUCAUAAGUAAUGACGGUGACGAUUAUUCUGAUAAGGAAAUUGGUAGUGACGGUGAGGAUGACCCGGCCAAAAUCAUGCCCAAUCUUACGGGCAGGCAAAAGAAGUUGUUUGAGUUGAGAUUGAAGAUGAACGAGGCAAGAAAGGCCAAUCAGACUGCCAUGGUUGCCGAAAAGAAGAAGUCAGAAGCCCCGACAGAACCUAGAGGAAUUUCGAAGCAAAAAUGGCUGGAGGAAAGGAAGAAGAAAAUCGGGAGGCUUUUGGAUGCCAAUGGAUUAGACAUGAGCAAAGCAUAUAUGCUCGAUACACAAGAGAUGGCUGAGUCAAAGUACAAGAAAUGGGAGAAAGAGCCUGCUCCUGCUGGUUGGGAUGUUUUCAAUCAAAAAACAUUAUAUAACGCAUAUAAGAAAAGAACAAAGAAUAUCAACGUAAACCUCGAGGAGUACAACAAAAUGAAAGAAGCAGAUCCAGAAUUCUACCGUGAGGCUUCAAGUCUUCAAUAUGGAAAAGAUCGGGAGGAAAAGUCAAGGUCUUUUAGCCGAAGGAGAAAGUUCCGUGAAGAAAAGGAUAUCGACUCUAUCAACGAUCGAAAUGAACAUUUCAAUAAGAAGAUUGAGCGUGCUUUUGGCAAGUACACGCUCGAGAUCAAGAACAAUCUUGAGAGGGGUACUGCUCUGCCGGAUUAA